AUGAUGGGGUUGGUAUUGACUGGUUUUGCGUUUGUUGUAUUAGUCCUUACUAAUGUUUGCGCUUUGCUGAUAUCCUUUUUUUCCAUCUUUUUGUUUUUUCGUUAUUUCCUCCUAUGGUUUCCAUUCUGUCGCGCGUUUAGUUCAGUUCUGUUUGUUUCGUUUGGCUCUGCUCAGAUACCUUGUGCGAUAUACAGACUGCAGUAUUUGCUUCUAUUGGAAUUUCAUCAUAUGACUUUGAUUUUAAUUGUCUCUACUAUGGAAUGCAUCUUUGGCAUGAUUGGCUGGAGAGAAAAGGGAUCAUGGUGGUAG